CUGCCAUACAAAGGGCGCUGAAGAGUGAGAGAAGUAAGCUGCAGCAGUAAAAAGAGAAGUUAAGCUCCAUGGAGAAUCUGAACCUGCGAGAGUCUCAUAUGAAGCUGAAGAAAGGCCGCCGGGUCUUGCUCUUUCCAUUGCCAUUCCAGGGCCACAUCAACCCCAUGCUUCAACUUGCCAACAUCCUCUACUCCAGAGGGUUCUCCAUUACCGUAAUACACACCGACUUCAACUCUCCCAAUUCAACCAACUACCCUGACUUCACCUUCCACUCCAUCCGCAUUGGCUUAUCAGAGGAACAAGCCAAUCAGCUUGCCUGGCCGAUAGGAGAUGUCAUAGCACUUCUCACCUCGACCAACAUCACUUGCGCCGCGCCAUUCCAUGGAGCCUUGGUCAAGUUGAUAUCUGAAAGCUCAGAGGAAGAGCCUGUUGCUUGCCUUAUUACUGAUGCUGAUUGGCACUUCACUCAGGCGGUUGCUGACAGCCUCCAUCUCCCCAGGAUUGUGCUUAGAACAACCAAUGUCUGCUCUUUCCUUGUUUACGAACCCCUUCCGUUGUUCCACCAGAAAGGUUACUUCCCUAUUAAAGACUCCAAGGCAGAAGAAGAAAUCCCCGAGUUCCCACCUCUGAAAGCUAAGGAUCUCCCACAAGUGAAGACGCAGAACCAAGAAGACCUAUUUUAUCUGGUAGAUAGCAUGAUGAGUUCAAUCAAAGCCUCGUCAGGGCUCAUCUGGAACACCUGCCGGGACCUGGAACAUUCCGACCUAAUAAAGAGCUCCGAGCUGUUCAAAGUUCCCAACUUUUCUCUGGGGCCUUUCUACAAACACUUUCCGUGCACCUCGAAAAGCAGCUUGCUCGCGCAGGAUCCAACCUCCAUCUCCUGGCUGAACAAUCAAGCACCCAGAUCAGUUCUCUAUGUCAGCUUCGGCAGCGUCGCGACCAUAACCGAGGCCGAGUUGCUCGAGAUCGCUUGUGUCAUGAACCAGUUGGUCCCAAUAACUCGAGUUGUUGGGAGAAGGGGACUCGCCAACAGCCAGCAACCAUUCCUGUGGGUGGUGCGACCAAACUCAGUCGAGAACUCAGAGUGGAUCGAGGUUUUACCAGAUGGGUUUCAUCAGGCGGUGGCCGGGAAAGGCCAUAUCGUCAGAUGGGCUCCGCAGGAAGAAGUUCUGGCGCACCCGUCGACGGGAGGAUUCUGGACUCACUGCGGAUUGAACUCGACCCUAGAGAGCAUGUCUCAGGGCGUCCACAUGAUUUGUGCGCCGAGCUUUGGUGACCAAUUGGUGAAUGCGAGGUACAUCAGCGAUGUUUGGAGGAUAGGGAUUCAUUUGGAGUGGAAGAUGGAGAGAGGGGAAAUUGAGAAGGUUGUAAAGGCAUUAAUGGUGGAGGAAGAGGGUCGGAAAAUUAGGGAAAGGGCUGGGGCUCUGAAGGAGAAGAUGGAACUCUGCCUGAAACCAGGGGGUUCGUCGUAUGAAGAUGGUCAAAGCUUGGUUGAUCACAUUUUGUCAUUGUGAAUCGUUGAUUCAUCGAAUCUUGUUCAGUUUUGGGCUCCGGAAAAUAAAUGGCUAAAAUUGGC